GUUGGUUUUCUUGCGGUGAGUGCGCCAUACGAAAUCAGUCCACAUUGGAGCUUGGCGUUGUGUGUACACAAUACUGAAUAAACCUGAACGCGACGGCGGUGGCGUUUUCGAUUGUUGCGUUAACGACGGCUGAUGAUGGGUGUGAAUGGCGCGUGUGGAAUGGUGAUAACCAAAUAAUAAACCGCAAAGAAUCAAUGAAUUCUAGUGAAAACAAAUCAGUAACCGAGUAAAUAAAGCAAAUCACAAGCAACAAAAACAACAAUAGCAACUGGUGAAGAGUGUUGAGGAGUGCAAUCAAGAAUUAUUGUGAUUCAAAAAUAAAUAGCAGUGAAAAAUUUUUACAAAAUAUUUGAAAAAGUGUAAAUUUUAAGGGAAUAAUGGGAUUAGGUACUUUAAAAUUGAUUUACCGUUGAUCCAAAAAAACCUUACCCACACACACACACACGCCACAUUAUAAUCGCUUAAAAGCGGAUCCAAUAUAUCUUCGCUUAGCCUUAGACAUCUUUCAUUAUUUCAUUAAAAUGCUCGUGCCAUCGGAUAUGAUUGCGGCACAGUCCAAGAUGGUCUAUCAGAUGAACAAAUAUUGCGCGGAUCGUGUACAGGUGCGCAAGGCACAAAUCCAUAAACAAAUACUCGAGGUGUGUCGCAUCGUGCAAGACGUUCUCAAAGAAGUCGAGGUGCAAGAGCCGCGUUUCAUUUCCUCCCUCAACGAUUACAAUGGACGCUUUGAGGGUCUCGAAGUGAUUUCACCCAAUGAAUUCGAAAUAGUCAUUUAUCUCAAUCAAAUGGGGGUAUUGAACUUCGUCGACGAUGGCACACUGCCCGGCUGUGCGGUGCUCAAGCUAAGCGACGGUCGCAAACGUUCCAUGUCGCUGUGGGUGGAAUUCAUCACUGCGUCGGGUUAUUUGUCAGCGCGCAAAAUACGUUCCCGCUUUCAAACGUUGGUGGCGCAAGCGUGUGAUAAGUGCGCCUAUCGCGACAUCGUCAAAAUGAUCGCCGACACCACGGAGGUGAAAUUACGUAUACGCGAACGCAUCAUUGUGCAGAUUACGCCCGCCUUCAAGUGCGCCGGCCUGUGGCCUCGCUCUGCGGCACAUUGGCCCUUGCCAGGCAUACCGUGGCCGCAUCCGAAUAUUGUUGCAGAGGUUAAGACUGAGGGCUUCGAUAUGCUGUCGAAGGAAUGCAUUGCGUUGCAGGGCAAGAACUCCGCCAUGGAAGGUGAUGCCUGGGUGUUGAGUUUCACCGAUGCCGAGAAUCGUUUGCUGCAAGGUGCCAGCCGACGACGUUGUUUGAGUAUUUUGAAGACGCUUCGUGAUCGUCAUUUGGAUUUGCCGGGCAAUCCAGUUACUUCGUAUCACCUGAAGACCUUGUUGUUGUAUGAGUGUGAGAAGCAUCCGCGCGAAAUGGAAUGGGAGGAGAACUGCAUUGCCGAUCGCAUUAACGGCAUAUUUCUACAAUUGAUUUCUUGCUUGCAGUGCCGUCGGUGUCCUCACUACUUUCUGCCGAACAUGGACCUCUUCAAGGGCAAAUCGCCGGGAGCGCUGGAAAACGCGGCGAAGCAGGUGUGGCGCCUAACGCGAAUUAUGCUCACCAAUGCGCGGUGUUUGGAGGAAUUAUAAGAUUGUUAUGACUUUUUUUUAAAUAAUAAUUUAAACACAUACAUAUGUAUGUAUGUAUGUAUGUAUUUAUGUAUAUGUAAGUAAGAAAAUCAAGUAAUUUAUGUUUAAAUAGAGACUUUUUAAUUUAGGGUGUUUUUCAACAAUUUGUGAAGUUGCUGAUUAAAGUGGAUAACAACGAAGAAAAACAAAAACAAAACAAAAAUACUUUAAGUUGUUAUUUAAUUAAUAUAUUCUGGCCAAUGAAUUUAGAAAUUACGUUUACUGCUUGUGUGUCUGUGUAUGUGUAUUUCUAAGGGAUCAGUGCGUAGUUGCUUAAGUUUUGUGCGCCUUGUUUUUAAGUAUUUCGUAGUAUUUCAAUGCUUUUUAAGUACAACGAAGAAAAGUGUAAGUAGUGAUUUAAGUGAGCGACGAAUGUAAAACAACAACAACUGAUGAAGCAUUUAGCGCUUGAUAAAAACAAAUGUCUAUGUAUAUGUCUGUGUGAAAAUCAAAAUAAAAAAUUAGUGCACCUUUUGAAGAGGUGCUCACCAAGUGUUAACGGUCACAAAAGUUUCUGUGAGCGCAAUUCUAGCGUCUCUAACGGACAACGCCGUUAGUUAGUUAGUUAAGUAGCCGCUUUCGAAACUUGUUUUUGAUUCUAUUUAUUGAUUUUAUUUAAACCUAAGCUGCUUUUCUCUCUAACUUUGCAUUGUUAACAAACUAUUUCUUUGAAUUUAUCGCUGCAUUUUUAUGGCCUAUUAUAUUUAUAGUUCGUUUGUUUAUUUAUUGUAUUUCUGUAGCGUUAAUUCAAUUAUUUGUAUGUAAACCUA